UAAUCUUUGUCAAGUCACAGUACAGGCGCAAGAUAUGAGGCAGUCUAGAAAAUCUUAGCAUCAUUUGAUGUCCUUGUGCUCGCCGUUUUGUAUGAAUUUCCUUGAGACCAAAGACGAGAUCUUACAGAUUCAUCUCGCGUUUUUGUUUUUGCGUGGCGGGACGACAACAGCAUUGUCUCUCCCUCGAGCGCAACUAGUCCAGACAUGAGUAACGUUAAUCUGAUUUUCUGGGACCACUUGCAGGCUGGGAGUUCCGAUGUGGAUUGGUGUGAAGGCAAUUACCUUAUUUACCCGGGCAUCGCUGAAUUUUACAACACGAUCAGCAACAUUUUGUUUUUUGUUUUGCCGCCCAUAUUAAUGUGCUUGUUUCGCCAAUAUGCAACACAUUUCAACAGUGGGAUUUACCUCAUUUGGACCCUCCUGGUCGUGGUGGGUAUUGGAUCAACAUACUUCCAUGCUACCCUGAGCUUCCUUGGCCAGAUGCUGGAUGAGUUGGCCAUCUUAUGGGUACUCAUGUGUGCCAUCGCCAUGUGGUUCCCCAAAAGAUACUUGCCCAGGAUGUUCAGAAGAGAUCGGUCGAGGUUCAAAGUGGUCAUCGGUAUCCUGUCAGGGAUCACGACAGGGUUGGCCUUUGUUAAACCGGUUGUAAACUCCUUGUCGCUUAUGACUCUGGGCAUUCCAUGCACCGUGCUGCUCAUCACCGAGCUUAAAAGGUGUGAAAACCCACGUGUGUUCAAGCUGGGUCUGAUCUCAGGGAUCUGGUGGGCUCUAGCUCUGCUCUGCUGGCUCAGCGACAGGAUUUUCUGUGAAAUGUGGUCAUCUGUCAACUUUCCCUAUUUACACUGUGCUUGGCACAUCCUCAUUUGUCUGGCUUCCUACUUGGGAUGUGUCUGCUUCGCCUACUUUGAUGUUGCGAGCGAGGCCCCAGAGCGAGGUCCAGUCAUUAUGUUCUGGCCCAACGAGAAAUGGGCCUUCAUUGGCGUCCCCUACGUUUCAUUCCUGUUUGUGCACAAGAAAUCAGCUAUCAAGGUGACUUAAGGUGAUCCAUGAUUGCUCAGCGGGUUGCACUUUGGCAUUUCUCACCGGGCCGUGUCCCAACAAGAUUCAUCAUCAGACCGGUGGCCUCCAUGAAGCUUUUUGGAUUGGAUCACAGAGGUGGUCGUUAUUACCAGCAGUACUUCUGCAGCACUGUCAAAAGAACAAAAUGUGCCACAAGCAAUGUGACUUGGGGACAUUCCCGGUGGCUUAUUAUGAUGUCAGUGUUUUAAAUGUGCCACGAAGCUUGACCAGAGGAGCAUGUGAUAUGUUAUUGAAGUAUUAUGCAUUUUCUGCUUUAUUAAAUGUUUUGCACAUGGUAUGUAUGAUAAGUCAGAAACCCUCAAUGUAAAGUAUUAGAUUGCCUUGACAACCUCCUGCAUCUAAUAGGUGCCCCGCUGGCUGUUAUGAAACCAGCAUUUCAGACAAUAAUGUACUGGAUACAACAACUGUGAUAAUUGCAUCAUACAAAACCAGCUGCUCAGAGUUCGGUGCAACUCUUCCAAUGAUGUCUUUAAUACCAGCAUGAUAAUGUGCUUGACUGGAAACAUACUCCUCUUCUAAAAUAAACAAUGAUGUCUUUGUAUAUUAACGAAUGAAGAGCCAUACAACCAAAAAGUCAAAAAGUGAAGGUUGACAUCAAAAUGGUUCACAUUUAGUAAUGGACAAACAGCAAAUCACUCUCACAACAUUUCAGGUCAAGUAUAGCUAUUUCAUUUCAAUUAAGCAGUAAGUGUCUUUCAAAUGGUCUGUUGCUGUUUCACAUUGUAUUUGAUGGAAGUGUUUUGUAUUUAACAUGUCCUAUUCUUUGACGUUUGUUUAUUCUGUUCAGACACAAAAUGUUAUACUAUAAGCUUCGAAAAUGUUUGAGAAUUAUGCGCAAAGCCUAAAUCAAACUGGAUAAUGUGUUGCAGAAGAAAAUGAAAGUGCAAAGCACUCCUGUAAACAUGGUACAGUAUAUACUGUGUGCUAUGUAGGCUGUGGGUAUUUGUUUCCACUUAAGGGAAGCAGAGUUGGCAAAUUUCUCUCAGGCACCAACUGAUUUAGUUAUUAAAUUACAGUUCAUAAAAUGAUUGGGCAGGUUUUUUACGUCCAACUUGAAUGUUUUUUUUUUUUAACCAAAAAUAAGAUGUAAGAAAUUUGAAAAGGGAAACAUAGGUGCUAAAAAGGUUUUAAAUAAGAAAAAAGCACCUCAAAUGAUUGUAUUUCAUGUAAGAAAAUGGCCUCAACAUUGCUGACAUGUACACAUGAAGGGUCAUUUGAAUUGCCACAGAAACUGUCAUCUUGAUAAUACACAGUGAUGUUUCAACUCCAAAAUAUGACAUAUGAAUGGUUUUGUUAUUGUAUAAGUACAUUUGUAUUGCCAAAUACAACUAUAUUUUUGCCGUAUCCUCCAGAUAUACACUACUGCCAAUGUGAGCAAUGUCUCAUCGUGGAUCUGAAGAAUACAUGAUUAUAUAGUUUUGAAUGAAUUGCAGUGCACAUUGUGAAGAAGAUAAUUUAAGUAAUAUUGGAGAGCUUUUUUUCUCAUUAUCGCGACACAGUAAGUUGUGUAAUUUGACAUGAACUUUUGUGUAUGUUGUUUUUUUUCUCUUCUUCAGACCGCAGCACAGAUUUAUUUAUUUUCAUAAUUUAUCCUGUUUUGUAAACAAACAUUUGUAAUAGAUUAUAAUAUUGGUACUUUAUUUUAUCCAAUAAAUGGAGUCAAUGAC